AUGCCUAGAGAACACAUGCAAUCGAUGAAAGUGGUGUUAAUCCUCUGUUCAAGUUUUUUCGCUUUCGGUACUUUUUGGUCUGACUGGUCCUUUGAUUAUUACUUUCUUUGGGCCGAUUUAUCUGAACAUCCUAAUGCCAUUGCCAGAGCCACACAAUAUUACAUCAAUCAAGCUGAUGCGCCCGACAUUAUUAAAUAUAUUCCUUUUGCCAAUUUAAUGAUUGCCGCUGUUGGUUUUGCUGCAGGUUUAGCCAACAUGACGGAUGGCAACAUUUUAUUUGACGGAGCUUCUUUAGUGUUGAUGUUGUUUGCUCUUUCAACUUAUGCUACCUCUGUUAAGCCUGCUAUUAAGAACAUUGGCGAGACAAAAGUUGUAUCUGAAUUGGCAUUGAACUUGAAGAAUAUUGCUGCUGCGCAUUGUAUCAUGACUUUAGCGAUUACUGGUAUUAUUGGGUUACAAGUUGCCCAUUAUUAUCUUAACAAGAGAGCUGAUCAAGCCGAACUUGCUGAAGCUGUUGCUGCUUCCAAGAAGGUGGAAACCAAAAAGUCUAAAUAA